CUUUCUAGCAUCGUCAGGAACGAACGCCGGUCUCUACUGUUGUUUCUCUGCUUUCGACUCCGAAUUCAAUUCUCCCCGCCGUUCGCUCCUUCAUAACGUUCAACAAGCCGGCGCUCUUGAGCGAUCCUCUUGCCGGUCUUUAGUGGGAUCUCUUGUUUUGAUCUAUAAUAUACCCAUCGCAUUGCAAUUGGAACUCUGUUGGUACAGGUGACCUGGUGCAGCUGGUGGACUCCCCCAGUUCCCUAUUACACUUCCGCCGUUGCUCCGCUGCUUUGUACUUGAGACGACCGUUUACGACUCAAUCUUAACGAUGGCAUUCCUCUUUAAAUCAAAGAAACACCAGCAGGGUUCUGGCCUACCCCCCGCGUCAAGAAACGUCCAAUCUUCAGAAGGGCCGCCGGCAAACCCAAGCCCAAACCCAUCAGCGGCUGCGCAGCCCAGCGGCGCCAAAGAACGGGAUGGAUCACAUUCCCAGACCCCGACGCCCAGCAGUAGCUACAAUAAUUCUUUGAACUCGUUGAACGGCACGAACAGCCCCGAUCACCCGCGGAUGCGCCAGAGAGCCGAAUCCGAAUCGCAGAGCCAACGACCACAACAGGCGGCGCCAAGUAACUCCCCGAACGGUAGCCCAGGUGCAUCAUUGUAUCCAUGGUCGCAACGACGCGUGAACUUCACUUCCGCCCAGACAAAUCCAUUCCCUCGUUAUGGAGCAGCAAUCAAUGCGGUGGCAUCGAAGGAGGGCGACAUCUAUAUGAUGGGUGGCCUAAUAGAUGGAUCAACUGUCAAGGGAGAUUUGUGGAUGAUGGAAAACAGCGGCGGUAACUUGUCCUGUUUCCCGAUCGCUACUGUCUCUGAAGGGCCAGGCCCGCGAGUCGGCCAUGCCAGCCUGCUGGUUGGUAACGCUUUCAUCGUAUUUGGAGGCGAUACUAAGGUGGAUGAAACCGACACCUUGGAUGACACGCUCUAUCUCUUGAACACAUCUUCUCGUCAAUGGUCCAGAUCGAUACCCCCAGGUCCUCGACCUGCUGGGCGUUACGGCCACACUCUCAACAUCCUUGGCUCUAGACUUUAUGUUUUUGGUGGACAGGUCGAAGGCUAUUUCUUCAACGACUUGGUUUGUUUCGACUUGAACCAGCUUCAGAAUCCGGGGAACAAGUGGGAAUUCCUUAUUCGGAAUAGCCACGAAGGUGGCCCUCCGCCCGGUCAAAUUCCGCCCGCCAGAACCAACCAUACAAUAGUGAGCUUCAACGACAAACUGUAUCUGUAAGUGUCUAUACUUCGUCUACACCCUCUUUGCCCUCUGAUCCAUGCGCUCGAUUUCUGACCCUGCUCCAGGUUUGGAGGAACGAAUGGCUUGCAAUGGUUCAAUGAU